AUGUUUUACAUCGGUGGGCUUUCGUUUAACUUUGCAAGGAACCCAUAUUAUCGUAGUUCCUAUGCAUAUGCUGCUACCCAUAGCAUUCCGGAUUAUGUUUCUCCUGGAUGCAAUGCCUUGAAAAAAACACUUUUGCAAAGAGAAAGAACUAAUGUUGAAAGGCUUUUGAAACCAAUUAAGGACUCUUGGCUAGAAAAUCAUGGUCCAAUGUUUACAAAGGUAAUUGAUGGGUUAGGUGAGUUCAAAGACAAACAUUAUAUUGCUGGGGUGUUAAAGGAUGCUAUAAAAGGGAUUGGACAUGAAAAAGUUAUCCAAGUCAUCACUAAUAAUGCUAGUGUGAUGAAGUCUGCUGGAGCUCUUAUUGAAGGUGAGUAUCCCAAAAUAUUUUGGACACCAUGUGUUGUCCACACUCUUAAUCUAGUUUUGAAGAAUAUUUAUGCAGCAAAAAGCACUGAAAAGAAUGAAGUUACAUAUAAGGAAUGUAGUUGGAUUACAUGUAUUGCUGAUGAUGCAUCAUUCAUAUAUGUUUUUAUCAUGAAUCAUUCAAUGAGGUUGGCAAUGUUUAAUGAAUUUUGUCCAUUAAAACUGCUCCAAGUUGCUGAUACUAGAUUUGCUUCGGUUGUUGUAAUGCUGAAAAGGUUGAAGUUGAUAAAAAGAUGCCUUCAAGCCAUGGCUAUUAGUGACCAAUGGGCUUCUUAUAAGGAGGAUAAUGUUGGAAAAGCUCAAAAGGUGAAAGAUAUGAUUCUAAGCGAUCGUUGGUGGAAUAUUGUUGAUUAUAUCCUUGAAUUCACAGCAACUAUUUAUGAUAUGCUACGAGCAGUCGACAUAGAUAGGCCUUGUCUUCAUCUUGUGUAUGAGAUGUGGGAUUCAAUGAAAGAGAAGGUGAAGGCAGCAAUAUAUCAGCAUGAAGGCUUGGAAGAUGAUGAGUAUAGCUUAUUUUUUUAA